UCCAGAUGUUUUAGUCUUUAAACCCUAUUUCUGUUUGGAAGCAGCAAAGAAGCAGCACAUCCAGCAGUUACUCUGCAAUAAUGAUGAGGGUGCGUCUCCUAUUCUACAUCCUCUGCCUGAUGGCACCUCUUGGCUACUGUCAGCAUCCAGGCCCUCCUGGUCCAAAAGGUGACAGAGGGGAUCCUGGGCCACCUGGGAGACCUGGAAUAAUGGGGUAUGUGGGCCCACUUGGACCCGCAGGUGUUCCAGGGAGACGUGGAGCUCAUGGACCACUUGGAGAUGAAGGACUUUCUGGACCGCCUGGACCACCAGGAGAGCCUGGACCAACUGCGCAUGAUCUGUGUAGUCGAGGUCUCAAUAACGCGAUUGGCCAGGAGCUUCAAACUUUAAAGGAAAGCACUGAAAAGUUAGAGUUUGCUAUUAACUACGACUUUGUCCAAAGUGUUGGUCAGAAGUAUUUUGUGUCCUACAAGGAGAGGGGUUCUUUCUCCAGGGCUGUCGACUUCUGCUCCCAACAAGGCUUGGAGCUGGCUCUGCCCCAGAAUGAGGAGGAGAACAACAUACUGACACAGUUCUUUGGGGAUGUUCACAAGAUGGCCUGGAUCAACGUCAACAUUAACAAAGCAGAAGGGAAUUUUGAAACCGAUAUGAAAGACCAACCUCUGACCUUCACCAAAUGGGGAGCAGGGCAGCCAGACAGAUCCAUUGGGGAUACAGGCUGCACCAUGCUGUCAGAACAUGGUGUUUGGCGACUGACACAAGAAUGCUCCCUGAAUGCUUACAUCAUUUGUCAGUUAUAGAAAGUUAUCAUAUCCCUUGCAAGUUGUGUUUCAAAGUAAAGUUUUGUCUACUUCAUCUGAUGAAAUACUUGUAUUUGCAAAAAAGCCGUUAAAGACAUAUAGUAGCUGUUUUCAUCAGUUAAACCAAUGGCUUUUUGCUAUUUACACACACUAUUUACAGACACUUUUAUAACUGACAUCAUGUGUCACUUAUUAAAAGGUCUGGUAUCCAUGGCCUUUUCAGGUAUUUUCUUCUUCGUCAUCUUUUUUUUCUUCAGAAAGUGACAUCAGAUAAAAAAUAAUGUUUUCACUCUUGUUUAAGAAAUGUAAUCCCCAUGCAUUUUCUCAUUGUGCUAACAUUAAGCAAAUUGAAAAUAUUGACAUUAAAAGUGUCCUUGUUUCACCGGGGAUUACAAGGAACCAGUCAAUAGAUGUUUUCCCAAAACCACCACUGUGGUGGUAGUAAGUCCCUAUUAAGGAUUGCAUCAUCAGCAUGACAUUAUUACUGAAGCAGAGAUCUUCUGAAAUCAUAUGUCACAAUAAA